AGUAUAUAAGUAUUUGUAUAGCAGAGAUUUGGUUCCUAUAUAUUAAAUCUUCCUUUAUAGAUAGAGGAUUCGAUUAAUUUCUAGUUUUAUUGAUCACCAAUAAUCUUCCUUGGAAUGUGAUGCUCUUAUCUGAUGCUGUUGGAAUGUGAUGCUCAAACCUGAUGCUCAUGAUGCUGAAUUUUCAUACUUAUCUUGAUAUGCUGGUGUCUCCAUUACUUUCUGCUGUUUUGUGGAGUGUGCCUAAACAAUGCACUUCCAAUCUCAUUUCUGCUCUCUGAAGAUGAUAAAAGUUUAAAGCUAGAUCAUAUGGUGCUGCUUUGGUUUGUUUGAUGCUUCUUUUCUGGUAUUGGAACAGGAGGCGCCCUGAUUCUGAUGCUGAUGCUUUCCAUGAUGUGUUGCUCUCUGAAGAAGCUGCCUGUUAUGUUUCAUUUGAUGCUGCUCGAUCUGGAUUGAUUUCUGAUGAUAUUGGAUGCCGCUUGUGGUGUAAUGGUCUCUAAGUUUUGGCUAGUUGUGAUCUAUUGUACCCUUUGGGGUGUGUAUUAUAGUCUUUUCCUAAUAAUAAUAAUCAUACGCGGAUGAAAAUGGAUGAGCCCUCAAAUCCAGAGACCCUGUAGUGAGCGAUUCCUACCGUCUAAAAGUAUUUUCAACAAUUCGGAUUAAAAAACAACCCUAUAGUGACUUUGCUCACUACAGGUCCCCGGAUCCCCCUCUAUAUAUAGAUAGAUAAGGCCAGCAUGGGUUCUUUGCAUGCUAAAACCCAGAACAAUCCUAAGUCCGGUUCACCCAAAAAAAAAAGAAAAACCUACCCAAAGCAAGGCAAUUGCUUUCUCGAUUGCAUUGAUCAAAAACGAUAUUUCCACUCAACUAAAAUGAGUCAAGGGGGUAAUGACGAUAAGCAGGCUCCCAAGAUUCUUACAAAGACCCUUGGCGAAAAGUUCAACGAUGGUACCGGGAAAAUCAAAUCCUUGUACUCUUUCGCUCGCAUUUACAAGGUGCCUGAAGAUCUUCGGAAGCUGAACGAAUGCGCCUACGUCCCUCGCCUCAUUGCUAUCGGCCCUCUUCACUGGAAGGGCGAACACCUCCAAAAACCUAUGCAAGAUGUCAAAAUGGAUUACGCCAAUCGCCUAUUUCUCCGGCUGACCAAAGGAAUAGCGGAUCCAAAGAUUAGGGAUGAAAAAGACAAGUUGUUACAAGAAUGUGUGGAAAAAAUGAAGAAGUUCACAGUCAAGGCCAAGAAAUAUGACACGGAAGAAGAAGUCACACUGGUGGACAUGGCCAAGAAAUGCUACGCAGAAGAAUUAGAUCUGAGUGACGACGAGAUGAUGGAAAUGAUGUUGGUCGAUGGUUGCUUCAUCCUUGAACUUCUCUACGUCUACUACCAUACGAAUUAUUGUCAGGCCUCGAGUAGCAUUUCGCAGCCUAUUAAUGGAGGAGAGAGUGGCGGCAAAAGCAAUAGCACGGGCUGUGAAAAAGCAAGGGCGGAUCCUAUUUUUGAUAGCAUUUUGACUGCCACCCUCGUCAAACAAGACUUGAUACUCCUCCAGAACCAAAUUCCUUUCUUUGUGCUUGAGCAUUUGUUCAAACUCACAGUGGCUAUGAUCCCCGUGGAUCAGGCCACGGGGUGUCCCCCGCCUAUGUUAUCACUCGCAGAUUAUGUCCGUUCGUACUUUUCGAAAUUUUUGAGCCUCGAAGGCGGACCAUAUAGUGGUACCAUGCCGAAAACUAGUUGUUGUUUGCCUAUUGAUCACUGUCUCCUUUCGGUUUGUGGUUCCACAAAAGAAAUUGAACAGGGAAAAACAGAGUCAGGGAAAGCUAACGACUACUACCAUAUUCUACAUUUCUUACACAGCAGUUACAUUCCUGGCGAACAAGGAAAAGAUAAUGAACAUGGAGGCAACAAACGAAAUUCCACUUUGCAUAGUGAACUGACGAUUUCUGCAUCAGACCUGCACUACGCAGGAGUCGAGUUUGUACCCAGUAAGGAUCUAUUCGACGUGGAGUUCAUUAACAAAGGCAUAUUCGGGUGCAGUACUCUUGAAUUUCGAAUCCCGGCUAUCUAUAUACGCAACAACACAGAGUCAUUCCUGAGAAACGUCAUUGCCUUGGAACAGUGUUCCCCCGGGGUUCCGCGAUACUUCACGUCCUACGCGAAGCUCAUGGACAUGUUCAUUAACUCUGAAGAAGACGUCCGAGUGCUUAUAAAUAAAAAAGUUAUACAUAACUACUUGAGCACGGACAAGGACGUCUGCGAUCUGUUUAACAAGCUGUGCAAGGAAGUUGUGCUAGAGGACUUCCAUUUCGACGAGGAGUGCAGAAAGGCUUCCAGAUAUAAUAAUGAUUGGCGGACGAGGACGGUGAAAUACGUGACACGUCUGUUCGUUGCUUCUCCCUGGCCGGUCAUUGGUUUCUUCAUGGGCAUUGUCACUUUCGCGAUAGCGGUUUAUAAAUUCGGUUACUCAAUUGACGGGCGGUUUCGCCCAUGAUCAUUAGCAUUGACCAUGUAACCAUGUUUUAGUUUCAACGACAACUGCUUUGUAUGAACAUCGUGUGUCAGAAGGAUUAAAAUCCGAAUUGCUUCUCCUUUGGAUGUUUGU